AUGCCGGAUGCAUUCACAAAAGCAGGCUAUGAUGAACAUGUGGUCGCAGCAUCCAUCCGCUGGAGCCAAACCUUCCAGGAAUCUUGUACAGAGCGCUUCCACUUGGUCCAGAUUGUGCAUGGGAACAACGUAUUGAUAACCAAGCCCCUUCAAAAGGCUGUUAUACUGGGCUUAUGGCUGUUGAUCUCACGACAGAUCCUCUUCCUUUCUCACAAGAUGUCAGAACCUAUACGCGUUGCAAUUUCUGGAGGCGGGCUCGCGGGCGCCACUCUUCUCUUCGCCCUUCUCCCUCACUCACAUCUAGAAGUGCACGUCUUCGAGUCAGCUUCCGCCUUCAAAGAAGCCGGUGCAGCUGUAGGUGUGUCCCGCAAUGCCCAAGCAGCACUGAGCUUGAUCGGCCAGCCGGCGAUGGAAUGCCUUCAACGCGCUGGAGCCGUCCCGCAAAAGGGUGUUCAAGUGAUGAUGGGCCAGGGCGCUGGGCAAGGCAGCAUGGUCUGUCUCCUAGACGCGGACAACGACGGUGGCAGUCGCGUCACAAGCAUUGUGCACCGUGCUGCCUUGCUUCGUGAGUUGCUGGCGAGCGUGCCCCCGGAUCACAUGCACGUUUCGAAGAAACUCGAAAACGUUGAUCGCAAUAACGACGGGUCUUUGACCAUCCAUUUCUCUGAUGAGACCACACAUGAUUGUGAUAUCCUCAUCGGCGCCGAUGGCAUCCACAGCACUGUCCGAAAGCUGGUACUGGGUGAAGGCGGCCCAGCAGCUGUGCCACGGAACACCGGGUGGUGGGCAGUCAUGGCUCUGAAAUCUUAUGCCGAAGCCCAGGCAAGCAUUGGGAAGGGGCCGAUAAACAUCGAAGAUGCACGGGAGUACGGGUGGAUCGGCGACGGGACGUUUCUGAUGCACAACUUGUUGAGUGACGGCCAGCUCGCUCAGCUGAUUGUCACGGCUUACAAAAAAGAGGCAGUCGGAUCAGACCAAUGGUUUCGCACUGUUUCGGCAGACGAGCUUCGCAAGCAUUACCAGGACUGGCCACCGCACUUGAAGAAGGCUGUCGAAGAGUUACUUUGCGACGAGCCAGAGAGAACUGCCAUGUAUCUGUGGGAGCAUCCCCCAUGCCAUACUUAUGUAUCGGGUCCGCUCUGCAUAAUGGGCGACGCGGCUCACGCAACUACGCCCUGGCAAGCUUCCGGUGGCGGAAUGUCUGUUGAAGACAGCUUCAUCUUGUCGUCUUUGCUCGGCCAUGCCAAAACGACAAUGGAAGCAGUAAAUGCGCUGAAAGCCUAUGACGAGGUGCGCAGGCCACGUACCCAGCGCAUAGUCGAAUCCAGCAGGGGCACCGGAGAGAUAAUGACAGGCAGGGGCGGUGAGACUAAGGUGCCUUUGGAACAAGUCAGGGAGAAGCUAGUGCAUAGGUGGGACUUUAUCUGGGAUAUCGAACUCGAGAAGCACCGCGAUAAGGCCAUCACCAUCAUGGACCGUUUGAAUCAACACAGUGGACCUUGA